UGAAAAAAUGCCCAUUGUGCCGACAUUAUGCUCGAUGCUCCGACUAUAGCAUUAUGCCCAGAAUUAUGGCAACAUAAUUAUUUAUCUAACCCUACCUAUGUUACCGCACAAAUCAGGUUCAGAAUAAGGUCCUUGAACAGGUUUGUCUUUCUCUUCUAAGGGCACAUACGGAAAGAAGAUCAAAGGGCCUCUGCUUGAAGGGUAAACGGGGUAAAGGGUACAAAGGAUCAUUUUUUUUAAAAAUCAGAAAUAGCAAAGUUCAAAAAUUUUACAAGAUCGAGAAGUAUGUUGGCCUACCUUUGCACCAAAAACGUAAGGUUCGUAAAUAAUGGGUGACAAAAACGAAAACUCUUCGGAAAAAUUCUAUCAUGUCUCCGAGGCUUUCUGGUCAUUUUUCUAUAUUUGGUUUGGUUUUCUUAGUACCUAAGUCUCUCCUGGGAAUUGCGAGAUAAAUUUGCAAGUUUGAACGGCCCUAAAGCUUCGGAGUCAUGUUAGAAUUGUGGGCUAUGGUGCUUGGGGUACCUGUGAGCUGAAAAAAUUUGAUUGGCUGGAAUUUGUUUGCGUCCGAUGUUCCGCUAGCGUCGCGUGCCAAGCUCGGGGAAUGACGAGCCAACGAGAUCCGUCCCGGGCGAAAUACCUUGUUUAUUUCCGAUAGAUUUUUGGCGAGAGUAUAGUCAAGGCUUUGUUGUCCUACGAUGGCAAAUUCAGGAGAUGAUCAGGAGUUACAGAACGAAACAACGGUAAGAUUGAUGGCUUUAUCUCUCAGUGAAAAAGCUUUUGUUGUCGUUUCCGCGAUUGUACUUGGCACGACCGCGGAGAACACAUAUUCGAUUCGGCCAUGGCCAUUCGGUCAAAGCUAAGACUUUUUCAUGUUAUCCUUUCUUCAGGAGUCACCAGGUAGAAGAAAGGGAAGAGGACUAAAAAGAAAUAUAACGAAAUCGGCCACACAGGUAUUGUAGGUGUUCUCUACUUUUGUGGAAUCGCGAUGUUUUUGCUGCGACCGAGGCGCGGCUCUACUUUCAUGUAGCACGCAAUAAAAUCGCGCCUUCGAAAGUGUCGAAAGUCAGCAAUGCUUUGGACAGUUAAAAGUUAAAAGCAGCCCUUAAAAUUAAUUCUUGUAAUCAAAACACAAUAAAAUAAUUCUGGGAGAUAUUGUAAUACACCUGUGGAAGGCGUAGUGCCGCCAUAUUGUCAAAUAAAAUGUUCCGUUAAAAUUUUUCAUUUCUUCUCGUAUAAGGCAAGCUGGAGCGGGGCCCACUAAUGUUACAACUAAUGAACUUGCAGCCCAAGAGAUGCCCCCACAGACAGUAACAAGGGGGGAAUGACUGUUCCUGCGAUGCAUUAGGGGUCCACACCAUGGCUGCCUUAUAUCAUCAUAAAUCCUAGUUCACACUCUCUUCUGUCCUUUUGGAAAAGCAUGCUUACAAGUCAGCCUUGUGAUUUCCUAUAAAUAAACAAAUAAAUAAAUAAAUUGCUUUUUUACCCACAAAGCACUUAAGAGUUCAUAUGAACUCGUUUAAACGUGUCCGUGUGUUCCAGAUCGAAUUGGAAUUUGGAAGUGUCGGUUUUUGAGGAGAGGGGAAAACCGGAGUACCCGGAGAAAAACCUCUUGGAACAAGGGAGAGAACCAACAACAAACUCAACCCACAUAUGGCGUCGACGCCGGGAUUUGAACCCGGGCCACAUUGGUGGAAGGCAAGUGCUCUCACCACUGCGCCACCCUUGCCCUAUAUAUGCAUAUGAAUGCAUUGCAUUUCUUCUACAACUAACAUAGCUUUUUUCCUUCUUAAUGCACUUGUAGCCUAAGAAUGCAAAGAAGGCAAAACCAUCGGUAAGUUUGAUUUUGUUUUAAUGUUAAGUUGUUAAUCAGUUAUUGGCACUCCCCCAAAAUAUCUCUACUGUCGCAUGCUUAAACCACACUGCUCCUUGGAUCUGUUUCUUGAAAUUCCUGGAAGUUACCCUGCAGGUAAUGCUCUUUUGUUUACUUUCAAGGUUAAGGUUUCAAACAUUUUAUCCAAACAAAAUGAAGUGGUUUCUUAGCUAGGUCUUGCACUUUUAUCCUUAAGAUUUUGAUUUUAAUAUCUGGCUUCAGGCCCAAAAAAAGCUUAUGGUACUUUCCAGAAAUGGGCCCCUGGUCUGGAAUGGGGUGUUUUUACUCAAUACUUUUCUUGUAACAGGGAAAAAUAGUUUGAAUGCCUAUAAAAACUUUCCAAUGUUAAUUUUAUUAGCAACAAAAUAAAUAACUAGUCCCAAGAAUGGGUAUUGAAAACUGGCUAUUUCUGUGGCAAAAUCUUGCUAGAAUGAGGCCAAACUUUACAGGUUAGCCAAUUAAUUUUCACUAUAAUACUUAAAAAAGGUGGAUAAAACAGUAGACCAGCUGGAAUAGGGGCCCAACUUCAGCUGGUGAGUCAGGUUUUUAUUGCAUUUAAUACAGUGGAAGCUCUCGUAAGCGGAGACCAUCAGGACACAAAAAAGGUGUCCCUUCGUAACUGGGGCUGUGCAGAGUUUGUGUGGGAGUUGAGAAAAAUGGCGUUUUGUGAAGGUGGCCGUAAGUAGAGCUUUUCGCUUACGAGUGUCUGUUAGAAGAGCUUCCACUGUAUUUAACAAUAAUUAUUAGAUUACCCAUUUUGUUUGUGUUUUUUGUUUUUUAUUGUACACUUCAAGUUAAAUUUUAAUAUGAUUUCAAUAUGUGCAGAGCACUACGAGUAAUGAACUUUCAGCCCAGCAGAUGCCCCUGCAGACAGCAUCUCAUCAACCAUUGCAAGCAUUAAUACAGCCUACCUUACCAGUUCUGCAGUAUCCGCAUUCAGUGCUGCAACCUCCCCAGACUGGGUUGCAGCCCUCUCAAGCAGUACCCCAGUCUCAGCCUGUUCAAGUUGUUGCCCAUCCUGGUGAUGGCAGCACUCCAAUCCCAACAUUUGUCCAAUAUACCAUGCCUCCAAAUAUCUUUACUUCACCAGUGAUGAACUGUACAAAUCAGCCUCUUGUUCAAUCAGCUGUUCCAACAUCUUUGUCAGUGCUAAAUGCCCUUAAUGACGACAAACUAGGGAUUAUCUUACCUGUAUUGGUCAGGAUGGAACACAAAAUUGAUCAGCUUAUGGCAAUGAUGGGGGCCAACAAUCAGGCAACUGGAAAUAACUUAAGUGCUGCCGUGUCAUCUGGAGUACAGAAUACUGUGAGUGGACAGGUGAAUAAUGCAUCAAGUACAUCUCAGUCUAAUGCUGCUAAAACCCAGACAAGCAGUUCAUCUACAGGAGGUAAUAUCCAAGCAAAUGCAAGGGCAACAGUGGCACGGCUGUUUGAUACCCAAGUAGAAGGUGAGGAAGAAUCCGAACAGAUUGCCACUGAUAAAGGAGUAAAUGAAUCAGUAGCAAUUCGUGGAAUGACUUCGCGACAGCGCAUCCAACUUGAAAUGGCCAAGAUAACAGAAAAGACCUUGCCUGAAGACUUAAACUUUCCUUUAUCACGUGAUGACCUUAUUGCUUUGCAAGCAAAAUCUACUUCGACAAUGAAUUUUGCUGUGCGACUGUUACGUGAAAUGUUCACACGAGAAGAACUUCUGGGUAGAAAUCUUUCAGGUGUGCGUGGGAAAGAGAGAGUUGAUCCUGCCAGAGUUGAAAUCAUCAAGGAAAUUGUGUUUAAAAUUUAUCGGACAUCACCAUCAGAUAGGGAACUAUUGUGGAGAUACUGCCGUAAAGCAAUGGAUUCAUUUUUGAGAAAAAUGCAAAGGCCAGUUGAAGUUGUAAAGGAUCAGUAUGAUUCUCCUUCCUUUUUAGCAACAGAUAAAACCUUGAGUGGGCAAUCUAAUGUAACUCCUGAAUCUGAGGAAAAUGAAGAGACAUCACCCUGAUCAUCUUUUUUCUGGAAUUUUUCUUGAAGGAAAUGUUUAAUGUUUGAAUGGUUUUGUGGAAAAAUUGUC